AUGUUUUUCAAGGUCGUAUUCUCGGCAGCCAUCCUGGCGCUCUGCGUCAACGCGGCGCCUGUGGCCGACCCGGCCAAGACGUUCAAGUUCCUGGUCGACGACCCGACCAAGGGCAAAUACUACCUCGCCAGCAAGGGCGCGGGCACGCAGGAUGUGUCCAAGGCCCUCACGUGCGAGCUGACGGCCGACGUCAUCAAGUGCGGCGGAAAGGGGUUCCCGGCCUACUCGGGCGACAUGACCAAGCUGGCCCCCGGCGCCACGGCGAGCACGGGCUGGUCGAUUGACGCCGAUGGCGGCAUCCACUGGAGCGCGGCGCCGAGCAUGAAGUUCAGCCUGGGCAUCAACGGCGCUACCGACGUGUGGGCAGAGACGUGCCCGCAUCACUGGCAGACACACGGAACUGCCAAGGCCGUCUACGACGACGCCACCGCCGCUGCUUAG